CUUCCGGCAGCACCAGAUAAGUCGCGAGAGGAAGCUUAAAUCCUGUCGUUUGCUUUUAGGACCACUUUCGGUUCAUGAUGGUCCGUAGUGGAAAAAAUGGUGACCUUCAUCUUAAGCAGAUUGCGUAUUAUAAACGAACUGGUGAAUAUCAUCCAACUACGCUACCAAGUGAGAGGAGUGGCAUAAGAAGAGCAGCAAAAAAAUUUAUCUUCAGAGAAAAAAAGCUGUUUUAUGUCGGAAAAGACAGAAAAACAAAAUCGUUUGGUGAUUGUUUCAGAAGAAGAAAAAAGAAAGUCCUAAGAGAAUGCCAUGAAAAUGACACUGGAGCUCAUCAUGGCAUAUCCAGGACCCUUACUCUAGUUGAAUCCCGUUAUUAUUGGACUUCUGUGACCAAUGAUGUCAACACAUGGGUAUAUGCUUGUCAGCAUUGCCAAGUGGCAAAAAAUACAGUUAUUCUAGCACCUAAACAGCACUUUCUCAAGGUGGAGAAUCCAUGGAGUAUAGUUACUGUUGAUCUGAUGGGCCCAUUUCAUACAAGCAUCAGAAGUCACGUGUAUGCUAUAAUCAUGGCAGAUUUGUUCACAAAAUGGGUUGUGAUUUUGCCUCUCUGUGAUGUUUCACCAUCAGAAGUUUCUAAAGCUAUUAUCAAUAUAUUUUUCAUAUAUGGACCACCACAGAAAAUAAUAAUGGACCAAAGAGAGGAGUUCAUUCAUGAGAUCAAUGUUGAACUAUGUGGACUGUUUGGCACAAAGCAAAUUGUAAUUUCUCACACCUCCCAAGCUGUUAAUCGAACUGAAAGUACAUCUAGCACAAUCAAAGCAUUUCUUUGUAAACACUGUGCUGACCACCCAAACAACUGGGAUGAUCACCUAUCAGCCAUUUCAUUUGCCUUCAAUGUAACUCACUUGGAACCUACUAAAAAUACACCAUAUUUUCAAAUGUUUAAUCGAAAUCCUUAUAUGCCUGAGACUUCAGAUAUUCUUCAUGAAGUGGAUGGUGAUGAUACAAGUAUGUUUGCCAAAAUUCUAGGUGCAGUUAAAGAAGCUGAUAAAUUAUCAAAAAUGGAGAAUAAGACAGCAUCAGGACAACAGGUGGAGAACAACAAUUUUGAGGAACUGAAUAAAAGCAAAGUCAUUGUUAAAAAGAAACCAAAGCAGUUAAAUCCAUUUCAUCUAAAAGUAGGUCAUGAAGUUUUACGACAAAGGAAGAACUGGUGGAAGGAUGGUCGUUUCCAGUCUGAAUGGGUUGGUCCUUGUGUCAUAGACUAUAUUACCGAAAGUGGAUGUGCUGUUCUGAGAGACAACACUGGGACUAGACUUAAAAGACCUAUCAAAAUGUCCCACCUUAAGCCCUAUGUAAGAGAGUCCAGUGAACAAGACAGUCUUUAUCUCUUGCAAGGUUCGGUAGUGGCAGAUCAUGACUACAUCGGAUUGCCUGAAAUUCCAGUUGGAGCAUACCAAGCAAAUAUUCUGGUAGAAGAUGCAACUAUUGGUGUAGUCGAUAAUGAAUUACUGACAUCAAGCAAAGAUGGUGAACUAUUAGAAUAUAGAAGUGCCAAAAUCUCUCCAUUGCUGGAAGAUCAUAGUACUCUUGAAAAGCAGACUUUCAGUCUGUUGGACUCUUCAAACCAAGUCCUUGAGUACUUAAGUUAGUAAAUACUAAAAUCUAUUUAAAGUGUUUGUUUAGAAUGUAUCACUCCUUGAAUCUUGAUAUCUUUUCCAUUCAAAAAAGUUGUAUAGAAGUGUCUUGACACACUCUUGAUGACUAAAUCCUGAAGUUUUAUUUUAUAACUAUUAAUUUAUAUAAACUUAUGUUUGAAUGUCAAUACAUAUAUAUAAAGGCAAAGAAAACAUAUAAUAUAUAGAAUUCCCUUUUUCUUCUGAAAAGAGAAUAGGCAAAGCAUGAUUACUUCUUAGGAAGGAAACUGAAUUCCAGCUUAGAACUCUCAGAUCUUUCUCUGCUAUUGGUGCCAUGUUUUCAGUUUAAUUUUUUUUUGGAAUAUUUUCCCCCUUUGAAAAGUAAGUUUGAACUACCUAGAAUGGGAUUAAUAAAUAUUUAUUCAACCAUAACGAUGAAUUAAGUGAAACUUCUUUCUGUGUCAUAGGAACUUUUUAAAAACAAUAUUGUAGGGAAAAAAUUUUAGAGUUGUUUAAUAAGCUCUUAAAGGGUAUUGAUAAUUUCACCUUGUAGGCUCAGAAUUUGUAUCUGAAACGAUGUAUUGGUUUGAAAACAGUUGUGCAUUUCCAUAGUAUAUAUUAAGCCAAAAACACCUUUAAUAACAUUUUUUUCAAUCUUAGAGAAGUAAAUAAUGCUAACUAGUAUAAAAGAUUUUAAACUAUAAGCUCUGAUAUUCUGAUAUUUGUAACUUUAUUCAACAAAUAUUUGUUGUAAAACACUUUGAAGAAUUUUGUGGGAAGAUUAAAGAAUGAGUUAGA